UCCGCGCCCGCGGCGCCCCCUCCACGCCCCGCCUGGCGGCCUCGGCAGCCCUGGCCGCCAAUUCUCCGGCGAAGCCCACGGCGGCCACGAUCCGCUUAACAGCUGGACCCGGCGCGUGGCGGCGAGCAUUCCCGGCCAGAGGGUCCCGCGCACCUUCCUCGCGGUGACGCACAGAAUUGAUUAUCUGAAGAAAUGGAUACUUCUCCCUCCAAAAAAUAUCCAGUUAAAAAACGGGUGAAAAUACAUCCCAACACGGUGAUGGUGAAAUAUACUUCUCAUUAUCCCCAGCCUGGGGAUGAUGGAUAUGAAGAAAUCAAUGAAGACUAUGGAAAUUUUAUGGAAGAAAAUCCAAAGAAAGGCCUGCUGAGUGAAAUGAAAAGAAAAGGAAGAACUUUCUUUGGAACCAUGGACACUCGACCUCCACUAACAGAAGACCCAAUGACCAAUGAUAUUGGACAAUUCCAGAGCUUUGCAGAAAAAAAUAUUUUUCAAUCCAGAAAAAUGUGGAUAGUGCUGUUUGGAUCUGCUUUGGCUCAUGGAUGUGUAGCUCUUAUCACUAGGCUUGUUUCUGAUCGUUCUAAAGUUCCAUCUUUAGAGUUGAUUUUUAUCCGUUCUGUCUUGCAGGUCUUAUCUGUGUUAGUUGUGUGUUACUACCAGGAGGCCCCCUUUGGACCCAGUGGAUACAGAUUACGACUCUUCUUUUAUGGUGUAUGCAAUGUUAUCUCUAUCACCUGUGCUUAUACAUCAUUUUCAAUAGUUCCUCCCAGCAAUGGGACCACUAUGUGGAGAGCUACAACCACAGUUUUCAGUGCCAUUUUGGCUUUUUUACUUGUAGAUGAGAAAAUGGCUUAUGUUGACAUGGCUACAGUUGUUUGCAGCAUCUUAGGUGUUUGUCUUGUCAUGAUCCCCAACAUUGUUGAUGAAGACAAUUCUUUAUUAAAUGCCUGGAAAGAAGCCUUUGGGUACACUAUGACAGUGAUGGCUGGACUGACCACUGCUCUUUCUAUGAUAGUGUACAGAUCUAUUAAAGAAAAGAUCAGCAUGUGGACUGCACUGUUUACCUUUGGUUGGACUGGGACAAUCUGGGGAAUAUCUACUAUGUUUGUUCUUCAAGAACCCAUCAUCCCAUUAGAUGGAGAAACCUGGAGCUAUCUCAUUGCCAUAUGCGUCUGUUCCACUGCUGCAUUCUUAGGAGUUUACUAUGCCUUGGACAAAUUCCAUCCAGCUUUGGUCAGCACAGUACAACACCUAGAGAUUGUAGUAGCUAUGGUCUUGCAGCUUCUAGUGUUACACAUAUUUCCGAGUGUCUAUGAUGUUUUUGGAGGGGUAAUUAUUAUGAUUAGUGUUUUUGUCCUUGCUGGUUAUAAACUUUAUUGGAGGAAUUUAAGAAGGCAGGAUUAUCAGGAAAUACUAGACUCUCCCAUUAAAUGAAUGCUUGAUUAUUAUCUUGUUAACAUUUAGUUAUUAAUAGGUACACUGCCAUUUUAAUGUUUACCUAUAAAUGUCUUGUGUUGUAUAAUUGACAGAGUGCUAUAUAAUAUAUAAUUAUGCAGAUGUAGACAUUUGUUCUACUCUAAUAUGUUAAAAAACAAAUAUUAAAUAUGUGAAACAUGA